CUCUGUAUGUGUGCAACAAAUUAGAGAGAAAAGUCGAAGCCCCAAGUAUGUGGUCCGUCCCACUACUCGCAGACCCUGGCAUGUGAGGAAGUGGACCACAAAGCAAGACGCGAGUCUCACCUCAGAGAAUGAAACUUUUGUGCAGGAUGUGAUCAAAGACCAGUAUUUGUCUCCAAGUCCUUUGAAGGAAGGGCCCUGGGAAAGGAACGACUUUCAAAAUGGCACAAGGAGGACUGGAGCUCUGGCCCUCAAGCUAGGCGUAAUCAAACAAUGGACCAACUCUGGAAAGUCAUUUUAUGUCACCUUACUGCAGAUCCUGGACAAUCAUGUGAUCAACUACGUGCCCCCAGCCCAGUACUCGGCCUACCCCAGCCACAAGCCGCACCACGCCGAACGCUUUGGGCUACAAAUUGUGGGGGCUCUCAGCUGUGAUCCCAGACAGUUCUCUAAAGCCUACAACAACCUGUUUGUCAAGGCGGGAGUGCCCCCCAAGCGAUGGCUGACCAGGUUCCUCAUCACACCAGACGCCGCUGUCGAACCAGGCACUGCCCUGAGUGUGAAUCACUUCAGAGUUGGGGACUUUGUUGACGUUCAGUCACGAUCAAAAGACUGGGGCUUCCAAGGUGUGAUCAAGCGAUGGGGGAUGAAGGGCAUGCCUGCCUCACAUGGAGUCACCAAGUCACACCGCAAGAUGGGAGGAACAGGAGGCGGAGGGGACAAAGAUGGCAUCUGGCGGGGCAAGCGAAUGCCAGGAGUCAUGGGCAACAGACUCAGCACUCAGUUUGGUCUCAAGAUUUGGCGCAUCAACACCAAGUACAACAUUCUGUACGUGACGGGGCCGGCAGUUGCGGGCGUUCCGCACACCUUCUGUCGGGUCAAGGACACCGUGCUCCCCAAGAAAUGUCUGCGCGAGGACCGUUCGGAGAACGUUCCGAUGCCCACGUGGUUCCCUGAGGACUUGGGGGACGAUCCUCAGCCAGAGGAAAUUUUUGACAAAGAUUUGUUCCAGUUCACCGAGCCCUCGCUGGUGGAAGAGACGGAGUCGUAGCCGAGCUGAUUGACUGUUGUGUUGUGUUCAUGAAUAAAUGUGGGAGUGCUUUAUCAUAUCGUA